CUUCGAUUGCUUAUAGAUUACAUGAAAUGUGGUUUGAUUACGGACCGAUACGGAGAAGCUAUUCCUUUAAAGGAUGUGAAGAUUUCGUGUGACAUAGCGAAUUUGUCAUCGAACGUUGAGGCUCUUUUCACGUAUACCAACACACUGGAUCACGCAGCUGAGGCGAAGUUCGUCUUUCCAAUGAACGAUGUUGCUGUUUAUAACUUCGAAGCCAAGAUAGACGAUAGGGUGAUUGUUGCUGAAUGUCGACCACGGACUGAGGCGAAGACAACCUACGAGGAAGCUAAAGCCAAGGGUCAUACUGCUUUCAUUAUGGAACAGGACGAAAAGUGUGAGGAUAUUUUCCGAAUGAGUAUCGGACAUAUCCCUGUCAAUGGAACGGUCUUUGUCACAGUGAGGUAUGUCGGACAGUUGGCUGUGGACGCCUCGUGUGCGGACGGGACCAAUUCGUCCCGUGCAUUAUUUACACUUCCUUCAGUGAUCAAUCCUCGUUAUGCUCCCGCUGAUACAACCGUACACAGAGAGUUCGAAUCGUUCGACGGAUUCAUUUGGAAUAGCACUUCGUACACCAUAGCGUUUGAAGCUACAUUGUUGAUGCCCGAACCAAUCGUUUCCGUCACCUCUGAACGAGAUAAAUAUACAGUUACCGUAGAGUCAGAAGAUCCGAGGCAUGCAACGGUGGUUCUUGCAUCCGGUUUCAAACCGGACCAUGAUUUGCAGAUGGUGAUUGAGCUUGCCAACCCUCUUAAUUCGUUUGCGGCGAUUGAACCCAGCGCCAAUGAUCAGUUUUCACCUCAUCUACGCCACUGUAUCAUGGCCCAGUUCAUGCCGGAUCUGAGUGCAGUGGCUGGUGAACAGGAGCAGAGGACGGAAUUGAUAUUUGUAGUGGAUCGCUCAGGCAGCAUGCAAGGUGAAUCCAUUCGGCGUGCUUCAGAAUCGCUACUGCUUUUGUUAAAAAGUCUCCCACCGGGAUGCCGCUUUCAAAUUAUUGGUUUCGGAAGCACACACGCCGCAUUAUUUCCAGAGGCAAUGGAGUAUAAUGAAGAAACGCUUGCGAGGGGAUUACAAUACCAGGAAGCCAUGGAUGCUGAUAUGGGUGGUACAGAGGUUCUUCCUGCUUUAAAAACCGCCUACGAUUCACCACUAUCUGGGGUCGGAUGGUACCGGCAGAUCAUUUUCCUCACCGACGGUGAUGUGACCAACGCAGAUGAAGUAGUUGGAUUGGUGCAGUCCAACAUACACAAGGCGCGUUUAUUUUCAAUCGGCAUUGGACAUGGCGCCAGCACCUAUCUGGUCUCAUCGGUCGCACGUGCAGGUCGCGGUUUGGCUACCUUCAUCCGUGAUGAGUCACAACUAAGGGGAGCUGUAAUGAAAGUCCUGAAAAGCGCCCUUGAACCACGUGCACUCCCUACUAAACUGCACUGGAAUUUACAACUGAAAGGUGCUGACUGUAAACUUACUACACCAGAGAUUGUUGCGGUUCCAACGACGCCUCCAGCGAUAUUCUCUGGGUGUUUCUCAACCAUGUUCGCGUUCUUUAAUGGAGAACCAACAGAACUCACCGGAGAUUUGGAGUUGAGUUUUGACGUCAUGGGUGAUCAACAUACUGUAAGAAUACCGAUAUCCGUUGCCGCCGGAACCAGGUUAUUGCCAUGCCACAAAAAUUCCCCGUUGCAUCGGCUGGCUGCGAAAUGCUUACUCAAUCAGUUAGGAGACCAGUUGAAGGGGUUACAAAUGACCGAGGGAAACAAAGAACAGGAUUCCAUUCGCAAGCAAAUUGAACAGGUCUCCUGUAUGUUCAACGUAGUGUGUCCUCUCACUUCGUUUAUCGGUGUGGAUCCAGUCACGCGCAAUGAGGUAUUUGUUGUAAAGCCAUACGCAGAAGCGGAACAUUUAACCAACCGCUCCGCCUCUUUUGAUACGAUACUGGUGUUCAUUGCUGCUGACGGUGGUUGUCGAUGUUCCUAUCUACAAUGCCUGGCGAUACUCCAAAACGUUCCUUUGCGUGCUAGCAGUAUACCGCUUGAAUUCAACGGUUCCGCAGCGCCUGUUCGGCUUUGCGCUAGCGUUGCGCCUGCUUGCUAUACUUCAGACUGCGCACCAGACAUUGUGGACUCUCCGACUUUCGCUCCUGGAGGUUUUAUGGCGCUUUCCAAUACACUGGCUCACAUUUCCUUGUAUUGUCGAGCAAUCUCCGUUACUGGUCAGUAUUUUUUGUAUGUGGCUCGCUACUCGUCUCUUUUGCUUUUUAAAGCUCUGUGCAAAUAUUUUCCAGUGUGCUCUCAAUCUACGGAGGAGCCCGUUGAGAGACAAGAGGAUUCAAUAGUAAAACUUGUAAAAUUACAGCAAUUCUCAGGGUCUUGGCCACUAGUGGAUGAGGUUGUGGCUUUGCUGGAGAUUGAUGCCGCGAUGGUGCGUAAGGAGAAGCCCAAGACAUGGCAAGCAUCAUCCCAGAAUGAGUUGUCGGAUAGCGCUUGGAUCACAAUGCUCGUGAUUGCUUAUUUUGAACUCCGACACUCCGAGUCCGAGGUUGAGUGGGAAUUGGUCGUUCGCAAAGCUCAGCAAUGGCUUCAUUCACAGGCUAAAUUGGUGGAACCGAGUACAACCGCUGCGAAGGCUCUGUGUGAUAAACUUUUAGAACAGGCCCGGCAACUCAUCCGUACUAAUAUGCACACACCAACAAAGUAACAUAACAUAUCACUCUUCUGUCAGCUUACGCAUCGAUUUUCGUCUUUCUUAUGCUUCUUCAUUUCAGAGGGGGAACCUACUUCCCUUCCACGCACAGCGCUUAUUCCUUUCUUUUAUCGAUAACGAGUUUCUCUUGUUUCAGCACCGAUCAGUUAUUUUUUCUAUAUCAGACCUUUUUUAUACCUAUCUUCUGUAACUUGCUCUUAUUUACCUUGCGUUCGAUUGGCAUAAUUCUUCAGUAC